CUAUACCAUGUGUCACGUGACUCACUCUGUCAAACUCAUUCUAAGGCGGGGCGUCGGCCCGGGUGCGUUUUACAAGUUUUGAAAAUAAAGACGAAGGAAGGAUUAACAAAAUUCGAAUUUUACAGACAAUUAAAAGAGGGAAUUAAUGUAUGCAGUGCUGUCACUGGAUUAUAACAAGCAUAAUUAAGAUAUUUAAAUUAGUUAACCUUUAGCAGGUAAUAUUCGGUGAGUUAUCUCCAAAAUGGCGGACGAAUUCGCCGGUAUAAGUGCGGCAGAAAUGAGGUAUUUGGCCGUUGACAAAAGUGUUGUCAACGAUCCAAUGAUGCAGGCAGAAUGGGCUUCCAAGAAGCUGAUUUGGGUGCCACACGAGCUUCAUGGGUUUAUUGCUGCCCAGAUUAAGGGUGAAAGCGGAGAUGAAAUUGAAGUUCAACUGGAAGAAUCGGGCAAAAAAAUGCGAUUUCACAGAGACGAUGUUCAAAAAAUGAACCCUCCGAAAUUUUCUAAAGUCGAAGACAUGGCAGAGCUAACGUGUCUUAAUGAAGCUUGUGUGCUGUUCAACUUGAAGGACAGAUAUUUCUCGGGCUUAAUCUAUACCUACUCUGGAUUGUUCUGUGUAGUAGUUAACCCUUACAAGAGACUGCCCAUCUACACAGAGAAGGUCAUUGAGUUAUACAAAGGAAAGAAGCGCCAUGAAGUACCACCCCAUGUUUUUGCUAUCACAGACAAUGCCUACAGGAACAUGUUGCAGGACAGAGAAGACCAGUCUAUUCUUUGCACUGGUGAGUCUGGUGCAGGUAAGACGGAGAACACCAAGAAGGUGAUACAAUACCUGGCAUACGUGGCGGCUUCCUCACGCACACAGCGCAGCUCAGUCUCCAACCUACACGCGCAGGAAUCUUCAUCAUUUUCAAAAGGAGAACUGGAGAGUCAACUUCUGCAGGCCAAUCCCAUUCUGGAGGCUUUUGGUAACGCCAAAACCAUCAAGAACGACAACUCAUCUCGAUUUGGGAAAUUUAUUCGUAUCAAUUUCGACACAUCUGGAUACAUUUCCGGGGCCAAUAUUGAAACUUAUUUGCUGGAAAAAUCUCGUGCCAUCCGCCAGGCGGAGAGUGAGAGAUGUUUCCACAUCUUCUAUCAGUUCCUACAUGGAGCCACUCCAGAACAGCGAAAGGAGUUUCUGAUAGAGCCCAUCAGCAACUACCGCUUCAUGACAUUCGGCAACAUCCCAGUGCCGGGCGUGGACGACGCUGCGGAGUUCCGGCUUACCGUGGAGGCCAUGAACAUCAUGGGGAUCACGCCCGAGGAGCAGUCUGCCCUGCUCAGGGUCAUCUCCUCCAUUCUGUUGCUAGGCAACAUGGUUUUCCAGCAGGACAGGAAGUCCGACCAGGCCACCCUUCCGGAUAACACCGUUGCUCAGAAGGCUUGUCACCUGAUGGGACUGCCUGUUACCGCGGUAACUCUGGCUUUCCUCAAACCAAAGAUCAAGGUUGGCAGGGACUUUGUUACCAAGGCUCAAACCAAGGAGCAGGUUGAGUUUGCAGUGGAGGCCAUCUCAAAGGCCUGCUACGAGCGCAUGUUCAAGUGGCUGGUGACCAGAAUCAACAAGUCCCUGGACCGCACCAAGAGACAGGGGGCCUCCUUCAUCGGCAUCCUGGACAUUGCUGGGUUUGAAAUCUUCAAGGCCCACCUCAUGGGUAGUGGUGAAAAAGUCAGAAUGAACUCGUUUGAGCAGCUGUGUAUCAACUACACAAAUGAGAAGCUACAGCAGCUGUUCAACCACACGAUGUUCAUCCUAGAGCAAGAGGAGUAUCAGCGAGAGGGCAUCGAGUGGAAGUUCAUCGACUUCGGCCUUGACCUUCAGCCCACAAUUGACCUCCUGGAGAAGCCGAUGGGCAUCCUUGCCCUGCUAGAUGAGGAAUGCUGGUUCCCCAAGGCUACAGACAAGACUUUUGUAGACAAGCUCGUCGCUCAACAUUCCACCCACCCCAAGUUUGAGAAGCCAGACUUCAGAGCCGAGGCAGAUUUCACCCUCAUCCACUAUGCUGGCAAGGUGGACUACAGCUCGGCCAAGUGGCUGAUGAAGAACAUGGACCCCCUCAAUGAGAAUGUCGUCUCACUCCUCCAGGCAUCUUCAGACCCAUUUGUGGUCGCAAUCUGGAAGGAUGCCGAGAUUGUCGGUAUGGGUGCAGCAGACGGGGGUGACACAAUGUUUGGUUCCCGCACCAGGAAGGGCAUGUUCCGCACUGUGGCCCAGCUGUACAAGGAACAGCUGUCCAAGCUGAUGGCCACACUCAGGAACACCAACCCGAAUUUCGUCAGAUGUAUCAUUCCUAAUCACGAGAAGAAGGCUGGCAAGAUAGACUCGCCUCUGGUGCUUGAGCAGCUGCGGUGCAAUGGUGUGCUAGAGGGCAUCCGUAUCUGUCGCCAGGGCUUCCCCAACAGGAUCCUCUUCCAGGAGUUCAAGCAGAGAUAUGAGAUACUCACACCCAAUGCCAUCCCUCGAGGAUUCAUGGAUGGGAAAAAGGCAGUCGAGAAAAUGAUUACUGCCCUGGACCUAGACCCCAACCUGUACCGUGUUGGUCAGAGCAAGAUCUUCUUCCGUGCGGGUGUGCUGGCCCACCUGGAGGAGGAACGCGACCUGAAGCUCACUGAUAUCAUGGUGCAGUUCCAGGCACUCAGCAGGGGCAUGCUGGCUAGGAGAGCCUUCUACCGCCGCACUCAGCAACAGAGUGCUAUUCGUGUGAUCCAGAGGAACUGUGCAGCUUAUCUCAAACUGAGAAACUGGUCUUGGUGGAGGCUCUUCACAAAGGUGAAGCCGCUGCUGCAAGUGACUGGCCAGGAGGAGAAAAUGCACGUAGUGGAGAUAGAGAUGAACAAGUAUAAGGAGAACCUUGACAGAGCCAAGACGGAGAUGGAGGAACUGGAACGCAAGUAUGCUCAGAUCAUACAGGAAAAGAACAUCCUCAACGAGCAACUGCAGGCCGAGGCAGAGAUGGUGGAAGAGGCACGCGAGACGAGUGAUCGUCUAAAGGUGAGGAACGAUGAGCUGGAGGACUACCUGCAUGACAUCAGAGAGAGAAUGGAGGAACAGGAGGAGAAAGUGGCUGCCAUGUUAGAGGAGAGGAAGAAGUACAAUCAGACCAUCCAGGACCUUGAGGACCAACUUGAGGAGGAAGAGUCGGGCCGUCAGAAGCUUCAGCUGGAGAAGGUGACGGUGGACGCAAAGAUUAAGAAACUGGAGGAAGAUGUGGCUAUUCAGGAUGACUCCAACCAGAAACUGACCAAGGAGAAGCGCAGUCUAGAGGAGAGGCUGGCGGAGGUGAGCUCCUCUCUGGUCGAGGAGGAGGAGAAAGCAAAGCAGCUAGGCAAGCUUAAGACCAAGUACGAGGCCAUCAUAGCUGACCUCGAGGACCGCCUACGCAAGGAACAGCAGGCGAGACAAGAGCUGGAAAAGAUCCGUCGGCGCCUGGAGUCUGAGAUAGCGGACCUCAAGGAGCAGCUGAACGAGAAACGUCUGCAGGUGGAGGACCUGCAGUCACAGCUGGCCAGGAGGGAGGAGGAGAUACAAGGGUCACUGCAGAGAGUGGAUGAAGAAUCUGUGGCCAAAUUCACUGUUCAGAAACAGCUACGAGAAAUGCAGAACCAGCUUCAGGAGGUUUUAGAGGACCUUGAAACAGAAAGAGACACCAGAAUUAAGGCAGAAAGACAGAAGAAAGACCUCAAUGAAGAGCUGGAAGCUUUGAAGACGGAACUCGAAGAUUCUCUGGACACCACAGCCGCUUUCCAAGACCUGAGGGUAAAGAGAGAGGAUGAGUUGAAGGACUUGAAGGGGACGAUAGAGAAAAACCAGAAGACUCACGAGGCCCAGGUAGCAGAAAUGAGGACCAAGCACACCCAGCAGAUGGAGCAGUAUAAUGAGGAACUGGAGAAUGUUAGGAAGGCAAAAGCCCAGCUAGAGAAGACAAAAACUACUCUCGAAGCAGAGAACACAGACUUGGCCAAUGAUUUGAAGCAAGUCCAGAUGGCCAAGCAGGAAUCAGAGCGAAAACGCAAACAGGCUGAACAGACUCUUGCUGAGCUGAACAUCAAAUUGGCUGAGAUAGAUCGCGUUAAAGCUGAGCAGACAGAGAAGGCCAGUAAGGCCACAACUGAGUUGGAGACACUCACAUCACAGCUGGAGGCCGCAGACACCAAGAACAUACAGCUGGGCCAGAAAGUCUCCACUCUGGAGGCACAGCUUGCAGAUUCUCAGGAACUUGUUGAGGAGGAGACACGUGGCAAGCUGGCGGCCCAGAGCAAACUGCGUCAGGAGGCAGACGAGAAGGAGGCCCUGAAAGAGAGGCUGGACGAGGAAGAGGAGACUAGACAUGCCCUAGAGAAACAGAUCCAGGACCUGCAACAGAAGAUGAUAGAGGUGAAGAGGAAGGCGGAGGAAGAGGCAAAGAACAACGAGGCUCUGGAGGAAUACAAGAAGAAGGUUGCCAGGGAGACUGAGGCAUACAACUCGCAGAUUGAGGAUGCGCGCAACGCGCAGGACAGGCUGGAGAAGUCACGCCGCAAGCUGCAGGAGGAGGUGGAUGACGCAAACAUGGAGUUGGAGAAGCAGCGCUCCAGCAUGGUAGCCUUCGAGAAGAAGCAGCGCAAGUUUGACCAGCUACUUGCUGAGGAGAAGACUGUCUCAGAGAGGCUGCUCCAAGAGAAGGACGCUGCAGAGAAGGAAAGUCGUGACAAGGAGACCAAGAUCCUCAACCUGAACAGAGAGCUGGACGAGAUGAAGGACCGCCUGGAUGCUGUCGAGAGGCAGAAGAUUGCCCAGCAACGAGAACUCGAGGACCUUUACUCCACCAAGGACGAUGUCGGCAAAAGUGUGCAUGAGCUGGAGAAGUCUAAGCGUGGUCUGGCGGAGCAGGUGGAGAGCCAGCGUGUCCAGAUAGAGGAGCUGGAGGAUGAACUGCAGGCAGCGGAGGACGCCAAGCUGCGUAUGGAGGUUAACAUGCAGGCUCUCAAGGCACAGUUUGAGCGCGACAUGGCCGGCAGGGAUGAUGCUGUGGAGGAGUCCAAGAAAGCUCUCGUUAGACAGCUUAGAGAAAUGGAGGCUGAACUGGAGGAGGAGAGAAAGCAGAGGGCAGUGGCAACGAAUGCCAAGAAGAAGCUAGAGAAUGACAUGAAGGACUUUGAGCAACAGGUGGAGGCAGCCAACAGGGUGAAGGAGGAUGCCAUCAAACAGUUCAAGAAGCUGCAGGCUCAGAUGAAAGACUUCGGUCGCGAGCUCGAUGAGGCCCGCCUUGCCAGGGACGAGAUGCAGGGACAAUUUAAAGAGAAUGAGAAGCGUCUGAAGACACUGGAGACAGACAACCUGAAACUGCAAGAGGAUCUGGCUGCUGCAGAGCGCGCUAGACGUAAUGCUGAGGCAGAGAGGGAUGAACUGCAGGAUGAAAUCGGCAACAACUCAUCCGGAAAGUCUGCACUGCUGGAUGAGAAGCGCAGGCUGGAGGCCAGGAUUAGCCAGCUGGAAGAUGAGCUGGAGGACGAACAAGGCUCCAACGCUGACCUUGUGGAUAAGGCACGCAAGGCAACCAUGCAGUUUGAGCAGUGCCAGACAGACCUGCAGGCUGAGCGUAAUGUGAGCCAGAAGUUGGAGACCCAGCGUAUGCAGCUGGAGCGGGCAGCCAAGGACUUGAAGGAGAAGCUGGCCGAGCUCGAGGGACAGCUGAGGACACGCACCAAGGCCACCAUUGCAGCACUAGAGGGGAAGGUGGCAAACCUGGAGGAGCAGCUCGAUCUGGAGACAAAGGAGCGUAACAACAUGCAGCGGGCCAACCGGCGCCUGGAGAAAAAACUGAAGGAGGUGGCGCUGCAGGCCGAGGAUGAGCGUCGCCAUGCCGACCAGUACAAGGAUCAGGUGGACAAGAUGAACGCUCGCGUGAAGGCCCUCAAGAGACAGGUGGAUGAGGCAGAGGAGGAGGUGACACGCAUGAACACCCAGAAACGCAAGAUCCAGCGCGACCUUGACGACACCAUGGAGCAGAACGAGACCCUGUCACGUGAACUUACCACCAUGAAGAAGUACAGAGGCUCCCGGGUGGAUCCGCAAACAUCCUCUUGAGGUAGCCCAAAUACAACCUGACCAUCAGCUAGAGCCAGUGCAGCACGUUCAGUCGUCGCUCUGCGGGGUGGUGAUGACAACGAGGAAGAGGAAGAUGAUCUGGACAAGACUGCUGACACCACCGCUUGAUUGCCAUGACAACCUUAGAGUGCCCGCAACAUGAACUCGACAUUUGUUUUGUUGUUCUUAUUAUGUUUACAUACUGUUUGAAUAUUCCGUGUAUUCCGAUGCUGUUUUCUUGAAAAGUAACCCAACAUUAGUGUUUGGGUUCAUCCGCAGGACGUUUUACUAUUAUUAACUAGGAGCAAUAUUUUCAUACUAUCUAACUAUGAAAUACUUCAAGCUGUGUUUUAAUGUAUGUUUGUUUUAGCAUGUAUUCUAUUUGUGCAUUAAUAUCCUGCUUAUCUAUAACUAAUAUUUGAUCAUCGUUAGAUUUUGGAAGGGGGGGGGGAUUCAAACUGUGAAAUUAUUACUAAUAGGUAGAAAUGUGUUUAUUAAAGGGGAAAAAAGCCAAAAAAUAUAUUAUUAUUAGAUAUUCAAACUAUAACUGAUUUCUUUGUUAAUGUCAUUGCUUUUUGAAUGUCCAUGUUUGUUUGUUCAUAUACAAAGUGUGAUGAUGGUCAUAUACUUUCAAGCAGUUUUGGUCUGUACUAGUUGUUAUUGCCUGAGUGCCUGUGCUUUAUGUGAUCAACUGACUCUAGCGUAAUGGGAACAACUUUGUAUGUAUUCUUGUACACUUAAAGAAGCUGCCAUUGUAUUGGCUAAACUCAUACUUACAUUUUUGGCAUUAAUGAUUAUACACAAGUGCUUUUUGUUUUAUUAGUGUCAAAUUGCAAUUCCACCUCUUCUUGUUGAACAAAUGAUUAUAUUUAGAUGGUAAAUUUUAAAUAACCAAGUAAUUUAACAAUGAACAUUCUAUAAUUGUGCAUAAGCUAUUAUUUUCAAUUUUUAUGGCAUUACACGUAUGAAAAAUUCUGUGAUCUUUUCGUUUUAUUUCAAUUUAAAAUAUUGGCUCCAGAUUAACUGAAGCAUUCCAGGGCUUUCCAUAAUAGUGUCUCAUUAGUUUACCAUAAGGCAUUGUGAACAAUUGUUUGUUAUCUUACCUUAUGUUUUAUAACUUACAAACGCACAGUCACCCCAACUAGUUCUUCCAUUAUGAUGUAGUGUUAAACACGAUAUAGUGCUUGUUAUUUGGAUUUGGUUUUUGUUAACUGUAUAUAAGCUUUUUUGCUAAUUUUGAUAUGUUAUUUUAUAACAUGUAUUUUCUGUGCUUAAUCUGUAUAUAUAACUGAUUAUCUAUAUAUUUUGGCAGUUAACUAGCUAUAUUCUUUGUUAUAUUCUUAGUAUUCUUACUGUUAUAACACAGUAUUCACGUAAUUAUUUCUGCAUGUACACAUUACUGAAAUUUAAAAAAUUUACAAUGGUAGUACCCUACUAGAUAGUAAAAAUGAUCUGCAUAGAAAGUUGUUUUUGUUGACCGCAUGAUAUACAGCCUUGAUAUUUUCCCUUUAUACGAUGAGCAUACACCUUAGUUAACAGUCACCAUUUGUGUUUGAAAUUCUGCGCAGUUUCCUUGGAAGAGCGAUAGUUAUUCGGCAGCAUUAGUCUAGUAGCGCUUAUGUGUAUUCUGCUGUGUGUUGUUUAGCAAGCAGUUGUUGGAAGUCUGUGUCAUAAUUUGGCUGCUAUGCAACUGAAAUAUUUGUGAUUAAAACGAGUCCUUAAUUGUGAUUCAUCUGCCUUUAAAUAUUCGUACAGUCAUUUCUUUCAAGAUUGCAAAAAUAAUGUAGUUAUCCUCUUUAAAUAAUGACAUCAAGGACAACGCCCAUGCAUACAAUAUCAUUAAGUGAAUACUGCAGUUGAAUAUUUUGUACUUCAUACUGUACUGCAAUGUGGUGACGUAAGUGAUGACGUCAUGUUGCUACAUAUCAUACUCCAGUGAUAACUCCUCGCUAUGGUUACAGUUUUUGUCUGAACCAAUGUAAACACCCAUCAUGACUAAGAUGAAUAAAAGUGUCGGUCAUUUGUCAUGUCAUUUGCGCAAUCCUGUUUCUCACUACUUGACUUAAAACUUUCCUGUAGUUUUUUGUAUUAUGUAUGAACAUUGUAAUGGGAACAAAGUAUUUUUAUGAAUCUAUCAUUAAACGUUUGAAAAAGAA